AAUCGCAAUUAAUUAAAAAAAUGUUAUUUAACUGCGGAGCGAGAUUUCACGUGAAGACACACCUCUGGCCGGUAUAUAUAGAAGCGCGACAUGCACGCGCACAUCCGACUUAGGCAUGGCAGCUAGAAGUCUCAUCAUAGUUGCCAUUAUUGGGACCUCUCUGGCCCAGAGUGCCCCAUCGGUACCAUUUUCGUUAUCCUUCAAGAGGGUCCAGCUGCCACUACCAUCCCCAGCGCAGGAAAAAAUCACCCAGGCGAUCCUACCCCAACCCACGGCGGUACCCAACUACGACUAUAACUACGUAGUGCGGGAUCCGCACUCCGGGGAUGCUAAAAGCCAGCAGGAGUCCAGGCAGGGGGAUGUGGUUAAAGGGAGGUACGAGUUUGUGGAGGCCGAUGGGAGCAGGAGGAUCGUGGAGUACUUCGCUGAUCCUGUUCGAGGGUUUAACGCGGUGGUGAAGAGGGUGUACCCGAAUCGGGGUGGGGAUGACUUAAGUAAUGAGUUGUUGCAAGUUUAAGUUAUUUGUUGUUGUAGGUUUGUAAUAAAUUUUGUGAUUUAAAGUUGUGUGGUCAGUUUUAUUGUUUUA